AUGACGCACAUAUGGCAAUGGAAUGGAAACGGAAGAGCCCCGGGAGGUCUUAUAGAGGGAAUUGCUGAUUAUGUGAGGCUUAAGGCCGGCUAUGCACCGAGCCAUUGGGUGAAACCCGGGCAGGGCAACCGGUGGGAUCAAGGGUACGACGUAACAGCACGGUUUCUAGACUACUGUAAUAGCUUAAAGCGUGGAUUUGUUGCACAACUUAACAAUAAGAUGAGGAAUGGCUAUAGUGAUCGCUAUUUUGUGGAUCUUCUUGGGAAAAAUGUAGAUCAACUAUGGAAGGAUUACAAAGCUAAGUUUAAUAACUAA